CGACUACUUCCAGGAAGGUGCAGAAGUGGCAUUACUCUUUUCAAGUCGGCAUUGUGAUUCCACGUAUAAAUGCUCCUGCGAAGCCUUUGAAAGUGGGCGUGUGUGUGUGUGAGAAAGAAAGAGAGAGAGAGAGAGAGGAUAGGAGAGGAGGAGAAACAGGAAAGGAAGAGUGAGAAGAGGUGAAUCUACCCAGCAUGGUGAGAUCUCCUUGCUGUGAGAAGAUGGGUCUCAAGAAGGGGCCAUGGACAACGGAGGAAGACCAGAUCUUGGUAGCUUACAUCAAGAGGUACGGCCAUGCCAAUUGGCGAGCGCUGCCCAGACAAGCUGGGCUUUUGAGGUGCGGGAAGAGUUGCAGACUCCGGUGGAUGAACUACCUGCGGCCGGACAUCAAACGAGGAAACCUCACCAAGGAAGAGGAGGAGACCAUCAUCAGAUUGCAUGAGAGGCUUGGGAACAGGUGGUCCGCCAUUGCUGCCAGGCUACCAGGGAGAACAGACAAUGAGAUCAAGAACGUGUGGCACACCCACUUGAAGAAGCUCGCCGGCCCCAACAUGGCUUCCAAGGAAUCACAGAGGAAGACGCCAGAUCGUUCCAUGGUGAAGAAGAAGAAGAAGGUAUCCCUGGACACGGUUCGCGAUACUGCAAGGCUUGUGUCGGUGUCACCAGAACAGUCAGACAGCGACUUCUCGUCCUGUGCCACUGAUUCAUCAACGGCAUCAGCAGAGAUCGGUGACAGUACUGUGGGCGUCAAAGAGGAAAGCUGUCCCGCGGAAGACUUGCAAGAGAUCGAUGAGAGGUUUUGGCUGGAGACGCUGUCGGUGGACGACUCCGCAGCGUCCAUGGACAUCACGAGCCUAGAAAUCCCUCCUCCUCCUCCUCCUCCUGCAGUCACUGACCACUUCAACUUGCUCACCUCAUCCAACGGUGACGACAUGGAUUUUUGGAUGGAGGUCUUCAUGAGAUCUGGAGAUUUGCAGGAACUGUCACAGAUCUAAUACAAACAUGGUCCUUUAAGAAUUCUUUUAUAGAAUAUUUUUGUGGCCUUGAGUCGAUCCAUUCAAGAUACAAGUACCACACCAUCAAGCUUCAAUUGUGGAAGACAGAGAGAGGACAAAGCAAAGCUUGAUCCUUCGGUUCCAAGGUGGAUGACAGCUUACUCUAACCAUGUCAAGCAUGAUUUGAUCAAGUAAAAACAGAUUAUUCGUGACAUUUUUAA